AUGCUGCUGGUGCUGGUGGUGCUUAUCCCGGUGCUGGUGAGCUCCGGCGGCCCGGACGGCCACUAUGAGAUGCUGGGCACCUGCCGUAUGGUGUGCGACCCCUACCCCGCGCGGGGCCCCGGCGCCGGCGCGCGGCCCGACGGCGGCGACGCCCUGAGCGAGCAGAGCGGUGCGCCCCCGCCCUCCACGCUGGUGCAGGGCCCCCAGGGGAAGCCGGGUCGCACCGGCAAGCCGGGUCCCCCCGGACCUCCCGGGGAUCCCGGUCCUCCGGGUCCUGUAGGGCCGCCCGGAGAGAAGGGUGAGCCCGGCAAGCCGGGCCCUCCGGGGUUACCGGGUGCUGGGGCCAGCGGAGCCAUCAGCACGGCCACCUAUACUACGGUGCCACGCGUGGCCUUCUACGCCGGCCUCAAGAACCCCCACGAGGGUUACGAGGUGCUCAAGUUUGACGACGUGGUCACCAACCUAGGCAACAACUACGAUGCGGCCAGCGGCAAGUUUACAUGCAACAUUCCCGGCACCUACUUUUUCACCUACCACGUCCUAAUGCGCGGCGGCGACGGCACCAGUAUGUGGGCGGACCUCUGCAAGAACGGCCAGGUGCGGGCCAGCGCCAUCGCCCAGGACGCCGACCAGAACUACGACUAUGCCAGCAACAGCGUGAUCCUGCACCUGGACGCGGGCGACGAGGUCUUCAUCAAGCUGGACGGGGGCAAAGCGCACGGAGGCAACAGCAACAAAUACAGCACUUUCUCCGGCUUCAUCAUCUACUCAGAUUGAGAGCCCCCGGGUGUUCCUCUCCAUCCUGUUCUCUAUCCUUGGGGCUCCCCUCCCCUCCUGGGAGGGCCAGACAAAAACCCAUCCCCUUCUCGCUGCCUGGCCUAGGCUGCCGACCCUCCCCGGCUGAGACUCCCCUAGCCCGCCUCCAGCACGGAGCGCAAAGCCAGCGCCGUGUGUUUGUACAACGGGACUCUUGACUGCCCACCCCUUCCUGCCAGCCCGCCUUCGCUUUGGGGGGGGGGGGUGCUGGGAGUUAGUUGGCACGGUUGUUUCCUGAGCUGGGAUGAGACGAGCUCCCAACUGGGGGCGGGGAGGCUGGUUGGGGGCUGUAUAGCUUCCCAGCACCCACAAAACCUUGGCCCAGCUGUGCCCCGUCUGACCAAAGCUAUAAUAAAG